CGGCGAACUCGGCCGUUCACAGGCCCCCAAGCCCGGUCUCCAUGCCCUGGGAUGCCAGGAGCCUGGCCCGUCUGAGCGACUCUGCCCCCAGCCUGGGGGUGCAGCAGGAGGGUGCUAUGGCCCAUAACCACCGUGCCUUGCAGGCCACGUGCCAGGCAGGCUCAGAGGACGAGGCUCUGGAAGAGGAGCUGAUGGAUGGCGACGAGUCCCGCUCCUGGACCCCACAGGAGAAGGCCCUGCACGAAGCCCGGCUCAAAGCCAAGGCCAAGCGGCGCCUGCGGCGCACCUCGUCCCGGGCCUCCACCCGGGAGCCGGCACCCGAGGGGGGGGAGCCCAGCCCCGACCCCAGCAGCCCCAAGGGCAAGACCAACGACAGGAAGUCGCGCAUGGGCAAGGGCCGUGGGCUCCCCAAGAAAGGUGGUGCUGGGGGCAAGGGUGUGUGGGGUGCACCUGGCCUGGUGUACGGGUACCAGGAGCCCGAUGCGCGGGACCCCAACUACGAUGAGUCAUCUCAGGGCGACACAGUCUAUGCCACGGUGACGCCGGAGCUGGAGGAGGGGGAGCUGGAGAAGAACGUGCACCCCAUGGUGCUGGAGUACUUUGAACACGGGGACACCCUCGAGGUGAUGGUGAGUCUGGGGAGUCCCUCUGCCACCCCCCCUCCCCCCAGCGGGCUUCUGGGCUGGGAGGGUUUCAGGGGCCACAUCCGUCUGGCUAGGCCCGGGGGGCCCUGCAGUGCCAGGGGAGGGCGCUGGGAGCC